CGGGUCAGGUCGAAAAGAAAAGAAAAAAACACAGGCCCCGCCGCCGGGAGAGGAAGAAGAAGUAUCGCCUCUCCUUCUAUGUGGAGGCGCCGCGCGUCCCUCUCUCCCUCCCUCCCUCCCCGCUGGCUCGAGGAAAUGUUUUAGCCAUUUCCGAAAGAACUCGGAGGAGUAGCAGACCAAAUCCUGACGGACGGUGGGCGCUGAGGGCCGUAGUCCAUGGAGAAAUCUAUUCUGAGGACUUGGCGGGACGAGAGGAGAGGAGGAGGCGACUUGGCGACAGGUUGGGGCCAUGGGGGGGAUGUGGGGAGGAAGCGAAGGCGGGCGGGCGGACGACCCGCUCGCUCUCUCUCUCUCUCUCUUUUAUUUGCCUCAGCUCCACACCGCCUGCUGAGGCAACCACCUCUUCCUCGUCUGGGAGGGGACGUAACGGCCCAGCUCUAUUAAUGGCAGGGCUGCCCCGCCGUCGCUUCUGUCGCCACGGAGCGCCCUCUCGGGAACAGCAUGCAAUGCUCACGGAGCGGCCUGGUGGUGUCCCUCAGCUGCCUGCAGGUGGCCUUAGGGCUACUGCACUUGGCGCUAAACAGGCGCCAUCCCAUGCGCUACGGGAAGCACGACGAUUACAAGCAAAAGCAGGAGGAGCAGCGGCCAGGGCGGGAGAAAGCCGAGGGAAACGACUCUUCGCAGAAGCCGCCGCCGCCGCUGCCGGCUGAGGACCGCGCACACGUGCCCGCCCGCUGCGCCUGGUUCCUGCAAGAGCUGCCCGCUUGCCUGGUGCCCGCGCUCCUGCUGGCCUGGCGCAACCCGCCACGCUUGGCGCCUCUCGGCUGCAAGCUGCUGGCCGGCAUGUUCUGCGCCCACUACUUCUACAGGACAUUCAUCUACUCAUUCCUCAUAAGAGGCAGGCCUUUCCCACUGAAAGUGCUGUUCUGUGGUAUACUGUUCUGUACUUAUAACGGCUUCCUUCAAGGUUACUACAUGAUUUACUGUACAGAAUACCCAGAUGACUGGUGUAACAACCUAAGAUUUACAUCAGGACUCAUAUUGUUUCUGCUUGGCUUGGGAAUCAAUAUCCACAGUGACCAUGUUUUACGCCAGCUAAGAAAACCUGGAGAGUUCACUUACAAAAUUCCACAAGGAGGAUUGUUUGACUAUGUAUCGGGAGCAAAUUUCUUUGGAGAGAUACUGGAAUGGUUUGGCUAUGCGAUAGCGACCUGGUCCCUACCUGCUUUUACCUUUGCCAUUUUUACACUCUGCUGCAUUGGACCACGUGCUGUCCACCACCACAGGUACUACAUUAAGACAUUCACCAGCUAUCCAAGGUCAAGAAAAGCCUUGAUUCCUUUUAUAUUCUAGAAAACAAUUAUCUGGAUUUUUAAUUUGCUUUUUAUUUGAGGGGAGAGGUUGUUGUGUAUCUGCUUGUUGUCUAACAUUGACUUUAUUGUUGUUAAGUGUAAACUGCCAUUGUGAGCUUCAAAGAGAAAGAUUCUGGAAUUGUAUAAUGUAGCCAUGCACAGAGAGUUUUUGCAGGAAGAAGUAUUUGUCCCUUAAUUACAAAUGGGCAAUGUCUUGGAGUCAGACUACAAGUAACAGAAACUUCCCUUCCUAAUGUUCUUUAAACAGACAGACAAAAAAGUAGGCCUAGGAAGCUAGAGUCUUCAGCAUAGCAUCAGCAGUAUGAUGAGACGCUGAGAGCACUAUCAGAUGGGGAAAUAGCUCACAUUUCGGACUGCUUGCCAUGGUCCAGUGUGAACUAUUUUCCAGUGGUCCCAUGAUGCACAAUUGCUCACAAAACAGCCUGACCCUGAUAAAGGCCCAAGUAUUUUUUCUUCAGUGGCAGGUCUAUUCUUUUUGGAGGUUGGACUGGUGUGAUUCCUGCACAGACAGACGGGUCAAUUUAAGCGAGAUCAUUCCCAGCAAAGCGACUCUUUCCAGUGUGACCUGAUGCAAUCCUUUAACCCUUAACCUUCUUCCAUUCCUCUACUCAGAAUCAUGCUCUCACUAAUUGCUUUUGUUCCUGCAGGAAAAAGAGAUGAUAGUCCUGUAUCUUCUCUCCUGUAAGCAAGAAAGUAGCUUGCAAUCUGCCUUAUAAACUAGAACUGGCAACCACAAGCCACAAAGAUACACUUAAGGGAAAGCAGAACUGGCCUCAGAUUGCUCUUGAUUGGCACAUUGCUCCAGCAAGGUCAACUGAGGAUCUAUAUGAUCCUCUCAGGCUCCACCCUCUUCUUGAAUUGUGGACUGCCUUAAAUAAUUUGUCCUCUAGUCUGGAGAGUUGUCACCUCUUACUUUUUUACCUUGUCACUGCUGAUGAGGAGCCCCUAAGGAAUAUGAGACCUCUUGUAUUAAGUGACUUAUAGACUGUGAGGACUCUGGUUCAACAGAGACUGCUGUGACUGAAAGUCCUAUUUCAGGGUUCUUUGGCUCAUUUAGUUUGUGUCUAUCAGGCACCCUCUUGGCUUACUGUCAGGAUCUGGAAGUGGCUCCUAUGCCUCUGUGGCUUCUGUUAGUGGUUCAGGUAAUCCAACUACUUCUUACACACAACUUGGAAAUGCUACCCUUUUGGAUCGCAGCCUCCAAUCUGCCAGCCAGCAAGGCCGUGACAAUUGCAGGAUUUGGGAAUCAGCCCCCAAAAAAUAACUUUUAGAGGCUCAACUUCUAUUCUUCUGUGUUGGAGUCUAUUUGCUGUUCAGGAUCACAACAGGAGCUCAGGAAAGUUACUUUUCAGACUACAACUUCCAUAAUCCCAAAUGAUGCUGAUGGGGCAAAGUCUGGAAGUUGUAGCCCAAGAAAGCAACUUUUCAAACUGUUAUCACAAGAAAAUGUGGGAUUUUUACCAGAAAAUAAGAGGAAGGAAAAAGAUUAAGCAGUCCUCACCAGUACUCACAUUCAAGCUGUUUGCUUCUGGGUUUUGAAGCUGUAUUUCCUUGGGAAAAAAACAACAGAAGAAGCAAUGUUGAGAGGGAGGAAUAAUAAAUAAAUUGGGUCUUCAACAUACGGUAUGUAGAAAAGCUGCAGUCAAGAAGUUGUGCAGAAACAGUCUUCUUACUGCCAACAUAUCAAAAGUUGCUGCUCAAUGAUCUUGCUUUUGGUUUGGAUGGAUGACUGACAUUCCAUCACAGACUGCCUGCAUUUAUUAGUGCAGGGACAAUUACAAUUAAGAAUAAUCUGUCAGGAAAAAAUCUGGCUGUUCUUAUUUUAUUCUGUGCUCCUAUGAAACCCCUAUUAUCCUCCUGUAUUUUUCUCUAUAAAGACCAAGAGACCAUUCAAUGGAAAAAGUUGUACUUGAUUCCAUGACAUUUUGAUGAUGUGAAGUGUUCUUUUCCCCACUUAUCUUGUUGCUGAAAUUAAUUAUGAAUAAGAAUUGUUUGCUGUAUUCUUAAAAUAUACAAAUAAUUUAACUGGAUGUGUCGUUUCCUUGUAUAAUGUGGUCCGUGAA